AUGCCAGACCUCCACGGCACACCGGCCAUCGCCCCCACCAAGAUGGCAUGCGCCUCGGCCCGGAUGGGCAUCCGCAGUGUCGAGCUUUACGCGCUUCUAGACAUGGCCGCCGACCCGACUCGUCAUCCCCCGGGCCCCGAGUGUAUCAGGGGAAUAUUCUCAAUGCUUGGGGGCUCUUUCGACGGCAAGCUGAACUACUUGUCUCCUCAGGCUGUCCAGAAGAAGACGCUCGAGCACACCAAGCGGAUCUUCGAGAACUGGUCCUGGCUUCGCGACGUCAUCCCGCGCCACGAGGACGUCGUCCAGCGACGAUGGCUCAAGAAGUCGCCCAACAAGCGAGGGACCCUGCUGACCCACGUCUGGCCCGACAUCCCUACUGGCCAUCGACCCGACCUGUACGCCAUCAUGGAGAUCAUGGCCAAUGUCCGCGGCGCUGGCCACGCCGCUAGGCGAGAGGUCUACCUCUGGCCACACCUCAACCUCGAGGACCUUGUCAAGCCUGAGCCGCUGCUCCUGAUGCUCAAUGCACGUGGUCGGAACUACCCCGACGCUUUCGUCAACUCCGACUUUGACGCCUGCCGCAUUGGCUUGUCUGACUUGCAGCUCGUUCCCGCAAACCCCGUUCCAUCUUCGCUUUGCAUGCAAUGCUUCUAUGGUCAGCUAUCCUAUUGUCUCCACGAUGAAGGGCGAUGUCGCGAUCGCAAGCUUUGUGCCGAGGGUGUCGUUCCAGGGCUCGGCCUCUUGCUCCUGGAUAUUCAGGAUUGGCUUUACCACUUUCUAGUCCAGUGUAGCCGCGCUAUCCUCCACGAUAUCCCCCAGAACGAUAUCAUCGCGGCCAACUUUCCUGUGCGCCCGGAGCCUCCCUCGGUCUCGGCUACGUGUCGUGCAGAUAUCCUUGAUGCGUUUUCUAUUGCCGUCCAAGAGGCUCCCUACCGCCUUCCAGCCGACUUUAACCUGAACCGUCUCGAAGCUGUCGUUUCUGCCAGGCUUGCGGCAGCGAAGGAUCACGUAUUCGCGCUACGAGAGGACCCCGGCUACUUCGCCCAUACUAUUCUUGGCUGCAAAGAGCAUAACAACGCCAACGUGCUCGACCUCGCCGGGAACCCUCACGCAUCACUCUUACAGGGUGAUGCACACAUGUGGGACCAUGAAAUCCAUCGUAGCAUCGGGGAGGCACUUGAGGCGGUCGUCAUGUGGCAUACUCUGCUACAGCAGAUCGUGGCGUUUCGAUCUCGUGUGGCCAAAAAACCAGCCUAUCAUUGCGAUAACUGUUUCUGGAGCGACACAUUGGAUGCCUUCGUUGAGCUGGACAAGGAUCUGGACCGUUUCCUGAAAGAGCUUAUGCAACGAACUUACGACGGCUUUUACAGCUCCCCUAUCAUGCGUUCCACACAAUGCUGUAUCGAUGGCAGUGACCCCGAGCACUUCUCGCUCCACUAUAGAAAGCCAUAUCAGCCCGGAACUGUCAUGAGCAAGCUACAGUUCAUACACAAUGUCUUGUACACAAAGGUCCCCAUUGGAUCGCUUGACCUCGGUCGCAAGGUGUUUUUGGACGAGCUGGACCUGUUCCUGAAGAAGCAGCCGGAAGCCCGCCAGAAGUUCACUUCUUGGACCUUGAGCCACCUCGCCUAUGUCUAUCUUCUCUCCGAUUGCGCCGAGCAGCUGAGAUUAUAUCUAGUGUCGGAAUCAUGUGACGACAGCCUCAUCGCCAAAAAGGUGGCUGCUUCCGAGACAGACGAGUAUCAACGUCACCCACUCCUGGCCAGCCUCAAGAACUGUCACUGGUGCCAUGGCUUAUCAUCGUUUGGGAAACCGUCCAAGAACCAAGUGCAAUAUCCAGCUGACAAGCCCCACAACAAACGAAACACGGAUAUCAAGAUGCAGGCCAAGAAACGGCUUGACUAUCUCUGGGAUGACCUUCGCAGGUCGUUGAAGAAGAAUGUCGAGUCGAGUCCGCUUCUCGGAGACUUGCUAUCCCAGAACGGGCUGGUGAGAACUGAGUCGUGGGUUGAACCGUUGUGCAGCAAGAAGAAGGAUCGCCUGGCGGCACAGGUGAGUUUCGAGCCAGCCUACCUACUGCCACAUACGGCCCCGGUCGCCAAUGCUCGUUCGGAAAUCCUGCUUCCUAGUCGCGGCAAGGUCAAGACUCGUGGUACACCAAUCAGCCAGUCGUUCGAUGCGGCAGGCUCAAUGAUUGAAGAGGAGCAGACGGAUGCUCCCAGACAAGUGUUCAAGGUCAAAGACAGAGCCUUGAGGGUUUUCAAGACGUUGUUCCACGACGACUCCGGAGAAGCUUCGCCCGGUGAAAUCCCAUGGACCGAUUUUUGCUUUGCUAUGGCGUCGAUGGGCUUUGCCCACGGGAAGCUGUUCGGGUCCUUUUGGAACUUCCACCCAACGGAUGAAAAGGCCCACCGAAGCAUCCAAUUCCAUGAGCCGCACCCUGUCGCGAAGCUUCCGUACAUCACUGCCAAGAGGUUUGGUCGAAGGCUCAAUAGGGCGUUUGGCUGGACCGCAAACAUGUUCACACUUGCUUGA